CCUCGUGCUUGGUUAGAUGUAUGUCCUCAAUACUUUUGCAGUUUUGACAGAAUUUUUUCUGAUCUUGUACAAAGUUCUUGUACUUUUUUUGGAAAAGAUUGUGUUUUAUAUUUCAUAAAUAUGAUUUGAACAGGAGAGUGACUUUGUGGUCUAUAGUGAUUGUUCCAUAAGGUGUUGUUCAUUUGUUGACCACAAGGUUCUGGAUGGGGUGUGUAUGAUUGUAGGCGAGCAGCAAAAGCUUAAACUUGAUGUGGGCAUGUUGCCUCUGCAGGAAGAAUAACUAGCAGAACAUUGCAGUAGUCCAGUCUAGAAAAUUUGUGCUGCAUACUCAGUUAGCUAAGGUCUGAUAAAAAUGUGUGUUUUAGAUCAUAUUGCAUUUUAUUGGCAAGCCCAGCCUAGUCAUCAAGUAGCCUACACUGCUGCUCCAUUUGUAGAAUAACUCUGUCCUCCCGUCCUCAGAGGUUUGUACUAAUGAGUCAAACAUGAAACUUCCAAACAAUUAAGAUGCAAGUGCAAUAUGGCUUUGUAGUUUUUAUAAAGUGUAUAUCACAGACACAGUUGUAUGCAACCCUGUCAACAUCUAGAAAACUAUGGAAAAAGGAAAAGAGAGAAAUCUGCAUCUCCAGAGCUCAGCUGUGUGUCUAUACAGAGUACAGAGUCCAUGGGCUCACCCCCUGAAUUUAGUGGUGGAGCUGUGUCCGACCCAAGUAAACAGAUUUCAGUACCAUCUCCAGAGCCCAGCUGUGUUUCUAUAAAGAGUACAGAGGCCAUGGGCCCACACCCUGAAUUUAGUGGUGGAGGUCUGUCCGACCCAAGAAAACAGAUUUCAGUACCAUCUCCAGAGGCCAGCUGUGUUUCUAUGAAGAGUACAGUCUCCAUGGACCCACCCCCUGGAUUAAGUGAUAGACCUGUGUCCGACCCAAGUAAACAGAUUUCAGUACCAUCUCCAGAGCCCAGCUGUGUUUCUAUAAAGAGUACAGAGGCCAUGGGCCCACACCCUGAAUUUAGUGGUGGAGGUCUGUCCGACCCAAGGUAG